AUGGCAUCAAGCGCUAAAUCCAAUAAUCAUGAAACAAAGCCUGAAUCAAAGCAAUCAUCAUCAAACAAUAACAAUGCUCAACAGAAACAAAAACCUUUAACUCCAGCUUCAAGCCUUCCUACCAAACCUUCAUUCGCAAAGAAAACUUCAGGAUGGGCUGCAAUUGCUGCUUCAAAAAGUCAAGAUCCUUCAGCCGCCUCUCAACCUUCAUCGGCAUCACAAACUGGCUCUACAACACCAAAUCCAGUAAGAAAGCUAAAAACUCAACAUAGUUCAAACCACACAAAUACGAAUCAAAAUCAACGAUCAAAUAAAAAAUCGACUUCUCCAAAACCUACAAGUACCCAAGUUAAUUCUACAAAUAUAGCGCCAAUCGUUAAAAGUCAUAAACCAUUGAAUCAAUUCAACAGUGAAGGUGUAUUGAAAUUAUUAACUGAAAGAACUGAAGAAUUGAUUGCAAAUUAUCCAAUCCAAGCAUAUAAACCAAGUGGAUCUGAAUGGUCAAAGCUGGGGAAUAAAUCUAAUCGAAAGAAUGAAAAAGAUGUUGUUCUGGCUGAGUUGGCUAAAUUUCUUAAAUGA